GAGAUGAAACCAGCACUUGGGAUAAUGGCACCCAGUGCUCUCUCCCUGGAAAUCCUAACACCCAAAGAGAAGAACAGACUCAGGAAACCCAUUGUAGAGAAACUGCGCCGUGAUCGGAUUAACAGCAGCAUCGAGCAGCUGAAACUGCUCCUGGAGAAGGAGUUUCAGAGACACCAGCCCAACUCCAAGCUGGAGAAAGCCGACAUCCUGGAGAUGACUGUCAGCUACCUGAAAUACAGCCGAGCUUUUGCAGCAUCUGCCAAAAGCCUACAGCAGGAUUAUUGUGAAGGGUAUGCCUGGUGCCUCAAAGAAGCUCUGCAAUUCCUGUCUCUCCACUCAGCAAACACAGAAACCCGGAUGAAGCUGAUCUGCCAUUUCCAGAGGUCACACGCAGUGCCUAAGGACUCUGGUUCUUCUGCACCCACUUCCACCCACCAGCCCCCUGCAAAACAAGCAGCACUGAAACCCUCCUGCAGCCUCUGGAGGCCUUGGUAGGCCAAGCACACGCUUAUGUGUUUCCCGGACAUUUGCUCGUAUUCCAGAGGAGAUCGUGACUUGCUAUACAAGUCCCCCCACUCCUCUCAUGAGUAGGGAAGAAUGUUUUCCUUUUGCAGAGCAUUACUGUGCUUGGAUGUCUGCUUCCCUUCUUCCAGAAGGACUGAAACGAUCCCACCACGUGGAGAGAAAGUUAUUCUAAAAGAAUGCGAGAUGUAAUCCUCCUGCUAGGAUGACUGAGAGGAGUUGUUCAGGGAGGAACACCGACUGUUCUUAACCUUAGUGAGGUUGUAUGCGUACGUCUGUUGAGAAAGCUGUAACUUCUAAGAUGUUAAGGCUAGCAUUUUCAAAAGUGUCCGAUCAGGAGGAGCCCUUUCCUCUGACCUGC